CCACCCCCUUUCUCCUCAUAAUAUCCUCCCAUUAUUACACAACACAGGCUGCUGCUGCUGCUCUCCGGGUCACCAUUGGUUUAAACUGUGAAUUAUUAAGGAUUUUUUUUUGUUGGUAAAUCUCCAGAAAGGAACUGCAGGCAGCCAGUCAGCUGGGCAGUGCAUUGAGCUCAGUCACACUGUAGAAUAUUUACUGAUUCACAUAGUGAGAACAUUAGAUCUUUUCCCCUGUGACUCGUCACUGCUUCUUUGCAGCAAUUCCAACGAAGACUCCUAAGGUAGGUCUUGUGGGGGUAUUGAGUCUUCAGUAUGCAGCCACAGGAAUCCACUGGAGUGCAGUACAGCAGGUGGAAUGAGAACAACCAGGACCAAGUCAGUGUAAACACCUCUAAUACAGAUGCCCCAGCAUGGAGAAGGGUCUACACCACUCUGUGCACGAGGAAUCUUGCCAUUGCCAUGAAAGUGGUGGGGGGAUUUGCACUGUUCUGGAUCAUUUUAAUCCUUGGAUAUGUCACUGGAUAUUACGUUCACAAAUGCAAGCAACAAUGACACACUGCCAGCUGAAGGGCCACAUUCUGGGAUGUGCAUCAUAGGAACCAGGCAUUUUCUCUAAAGACAGACUGAAACAUCCCACAUUUAUUCAAAUAAAGAGAAGAAUGUCAAAAUUGACAUUUUAGGACA